UUCUCUCCUCCAUCACAACUCUACAGGAGGAAGGGGGGGGAAAAAGAAAAGAAAGAAAAAAAAAACUCAAGUAAAAUGGAAAAGUUGUUGUGCGUUUUGGCUUCUUUGCUCUCUCUCGUUGGUUUUAUACGGGGAGCUGAAUGGACGGCAGAGAGUUUUUCUCUUUUACCGAACCUUACGACCCCCGAGUCAGCGAAGUGGACCGAGGCUCCGACUGCGGCGGAGCGGAGCGGAGACGGAGCGACUCCGACAGCAGGAACAGAGCAGCUCCGCUCCACGGCGAGUCCUACGGUCAGUGAACGCAACGUCAGGGCCGACAAGCAGGGAGAAGAGGAGAGAAGGGAUCCCAAAACGAAAGAUGAUAAAAAAGCAAAACUGGGCUGCCCGCCGCUCGGCCUGGAGUCGCUGAGAGUCGACGACAGCCAGAUGAGAGCCUCGUCCCAGGAGAGGACGGGUCUGGGUCCCCACAGAGGGAGGCUGAACAUCCAGUCGGGGAUUGAAGACGGAGAUCAGUACGACGGAGCCUGGUGCGCUGCGUUCAAGGACCGGCACCAGUGGCUGGAAGUGGACGCCCUUCACCUCACCCUGUUUACUGGAGUCAUCCUGCAGGGCAGGAACUCUAUCUGGAGUUGGGACUGGGUCCAGACCUACAAGGUUCAGCUGAGUAACGACACUGUGGAGUGGCAGACCUGCAUGAACGGGACAGAAGAGGCGAUAUUCGAAGGGAACCAGAACCCGGAGGCUCCUGUUCUUGGGCUCCUUCCUGUUCCCACUGUGGCCCGUUUCAUCCGCAUCAACCCUCAGACCUGGUACUCCAACGGGACCGUCUGCCUCAGGGCCGAGAUACUCGGCUGCCGUGUCCACGAUCCAACAGAUCCGUACCCUGACCAGCAGGAAAGAGGUUCGAGGGAUAAUCUGGACUUCAAACACCAUGACUACAAAGAGAUGAGAAAGCUCAUGAAGUCCGUGACUGAGGAGUGUCCAGACAUCACCCGCAUCUACACCAUCGGCAAGAGCUACACGGGCCUCAAACUCUACGUCAUGGAGAUAUCGGAUAACCCUGGGAAACAUGAACUCGGUGAGCCAGAGUUUCGCUACGUGGCGGGGAUGCAUGGAAACGAGGCACUGGGUCGAGAGCUGGUCCUAAACCUCAUGCAGUAUUUAUGCAAAGAGUACAAAAAGGGCAACCAGCGCGUCGUCCGGCUGGUCACAGAGACGCGGAUCCACCUGCUGCCCUCCAUGAACCCCGACGGACAUGAAGUAGCUUACAAGAAGGGCUCAGAACUGGCCGGCUGGGCCGAAGGACGGUACAGUUACGAAGGAAUCGACAUGAAUCAUAACUUUCCAGACCUCAACAACAUCAUGUGGGAUGCCCAGGAGACUGCAGCUGAUCCAUCUAAAGUGUCCAACCACUACAUCCCCAUCCCAGAGUACUACACGCAGGAAGACGCCAUGGUUGCGCCAGAGACCCGCGCCGUCAUCAGCUGGAUGCAGGAUAUUCCCUUCGUGCUCAGCGCAAACCUCCACGGCGGGGAGCUGGUCGUCACGUAUCCCUUCGACUGCACCCGCGACUGGGCCCCCCAGGAGAACACCCCCACGGCGGACGACGCCUUCUUCCGCUGGCUGGCCACCGUGUACGCCUCCACGCACCUGGUGCUGGCCAACCCGGACCGCCGCAUCUGCCACUACGAAGACUUCCAGAUGCACAACAACAUCAUCAACGGCGGAGCCUGGCACACGGUCCCAGGCAGCAUGAAUGACUUCAGCUACCUGCACACCAACUGCAUGGAGGUGACCGUGGAGCUGUCCUGCGAUAAGUUCCCUCAUGCCAGUGAGCUUCCGGUGGAGUGGGAGAACAACAAGGAGUCUCUUCUAGUUUACAUGGAGCAGGUUCACAGGGGACUUAAAGGCGUCAUCAGAGACAAGAGCACCAAACAAGGAAUAGAAAAUGCUGUGGUCAAGGUGGAAGACCACGACCACGACAUCAGAUCAGCCGCCGACGGGGACUACUGGCGCCUGCUGAACCCCGGCGAGUACAAGGUGGUCGUUUGGGCCGAGGGAUACUUUCCGUCCAUGCGUCGCUGCCACGUCGGCUUGGAGCCUCAUCCGACGAUCUGCGACUUCGUCCUCACCAAAACGCCCGUACAGAGGCUGAAGGAGCUCCGGGCCAAAGGAGAGAAGAUCCCGAGGGACCUCCAGCUGCGGCUCCGCGCUCUCCGGAUGAGGAAGCUCCGUGCCAGCACCAAGGCCAUCAACCGCCGCAGAGAGAGCCAGACGAGGCGGGCGCGCUCCUCAUGAGGACCCGAGAGGAAUCGGAGAGGACGAAGGGCCGAGGAGGACUCUGAAAUUAAAUGGAUUAUUGGUUAAAAAAAUAAAUAAAUAAGUGAAAUUUAA